UCAAUUCGGAGUCACUCAACUGAGAUAUUAGCAGCAGAAACUUACACUUCACCUUAUUAUAGUGCAAAUUCGCCAUCAUAAAACUGUUUUAUAGUGCGUUCGUGUUAAAUGUUUGUAACUAAAGUAACUUCUACCGCUGUGCAACUGUACUUAAAGCUAACUGUUGGUAGCUACAGGUCGGUUCAAAUUUCCCGCUGUAUUCACCGCUCGCAACACUGGCGAUAGCUAAAUAGGUAGCUAGCCGGCUUACGCCGGUGAAAGGUAUAUCGACAGUAACUUUAAUCCAUCGCGGGUCGCUAGUUCGCAGAAGAUUAUUGGUCUAAUACGUCGAAAUGCAGACAACAGACGUAGGGAACAAGGAGAGUGGGAAAAUCUGGUAUCGAAACCCAGGACCGUCGCCAAGUAAUGGGGCCAUUGUCAGCAUUAUUCGCACCACGGGUGGUCAUCGAAGCAAGAAAGUUCGCUUUCUGCACAUCGCCUUUGACACAACGGGAGAGGAAUUUCUCGCUGGCGACCACCAUGGGAAUAUCUACGUUUUUGACGUCAUCAGAAAUAGGUUUAGACUCAUACAGAAAACGGCUCAGGCCUGCACAGCUCUGGCCUUCAACCUGCGCAGGACCUCAGAGUACCUGGUCGCCCUGGCAGACUACUCUAUCAAGUGCUUCGACAAAGACACCAAGCAGCUGGUCAGCUGGAUGCGCGGGCACGAGUGCGCCGUGUCCUCAGUGUCGGUCCACAGCUCCGGCAGGUACGCCAUCACCACCUCCGCCGACACGGCCCAGCUGUGGGACCUGGACACCUUCCAGAGGAAGAGGAAGCUCAACGUCCGCCAGUCUGUGGGCAUACAGAAGGUGUUUUUUCUGCCUUUGAGUAACACCAUCCUCAGUUGCUUUAAUGAUGACUCUAUCUUUGCCUGGGAGAGCGACACGUUAUGCUGUAAAUACCAGCUGCCAGUGCCGCAGGAGGGACCCAGGCUAUACUACAGGGCUUUUGCUGUUACACGGGACGGGCGCACUCUGGCAGCCGGAGGCCGGUCCAACCUCCUCCAUCUCUGGAGCUUGGACAGCCGGCAGCUCCUGAGGGUCGUCCAGAUGCCACCCAAAGUGCGCACUGUGCGCCAGCUCCAGUUCCUUCCGGACAACUUCGACGGCGGGUCCAGCCAAGCCCUGGGUGUGCUGAGCCAGGAUGGAAUCAUGCGUUUCAUCAACAUCCAGACGUGCAAGCUUCUGUUCGACAUCGGCACCCUGGACGACGCCAUCACCUCUGUGGCCGUCAGCCCCAGCGGCCACCACAUCGUCACGGUGAUGGACAGCGGGGGCCUCAGCAUCUUUAGUGUACAGGCUCUGACCCAGGAAUUCAACAAGCCUCCCCCCUCCCUGGUGAAAGUUGUGACGGGCGUGAACAUGGAAGAUCAGAGGGUGAAGCUUCGUGCGGGACCUGUCCAACGUCCAGCUAAGACAUCUGGACGCAGGGUCAAGCCAAAGGUCCUGAGAUCCCAGGCCCUUUCCCCUCUAGAUGACAAAGAGAAUGAACUUCCCGAUGGAUUAAACAAGAGGAGGCUUCAGGCUUUGCUGAAGACUUUUGGAGAAUACCCAUCCAAAUAUAGGAUGUUCGUGUGGCGUUCCCUGUUGCGCCUGCCAGAGAACCACUCGGCCUUCAACAGCCUAAUGGACAAGGGCACACACUCCGCCUUCCUGACACUGCAGGAGCGCUACCCAAUCAAGAGCCAGAAGCUGCACCGAGGCCUACAGAGGUUGUUGUCAGCUCUGACUUACUGGUCUGCCAUUUUCGGAGAGACCGACUAUCUACCUCUGAUGGCAUUCCCGUUUGUCAAGCUCUUCCAGAACAAUCCGCUUGUCUGUUUUGAAGUGGUCGCCACCGUGUUAGUGAACUGGUGCCAGCAUUGGUUUGAGUACUUCCCCAACCCACCGCUGAAUGUGCUGAGCAUGGUGGAGAACGCCCUGGCCCACCAUGACAAGGAGCUGCUGCAACAUCUUAUCAACUGCGGCAUCACAUCACAGCUGUACGUCUGGCCGCUCCUGGAGACCCUGUUCUCAGAGGUCCUCACUCGGGAGGAGUGGCUGAAGCUCUUUGACAACGUCUUCUCCAAUCACCCAGCCUUCCUGUUGAUGGCGGUGGUGUCCUAUGUCACCUGCUGCCGAGCCCCUCUUCUACUCUGCACCCAGAGGGAGGACUUUGAGUACUUCUUCCACCACCGGAACCACUUGGACGUGACUGCUGUGGUCAAGGAGACAUACCGACUGAUGGACACCACCCCACAGGAGCUCCACCCGCGCUCCAUGCUGAGCGACUUCGAGCCCCUGACCCGCGGCCAAUACCCCGUCUUCAACAAGUACCCCACCUUCAUCGUGGAGCACCAGUCGCAAGAGCGAGAGAGGAUCCGUCAGCAGGAAAUGGAGUAUCUGAGAGAGAGGCAGAUGGUGCAGGACAUGCAGGCGGAGACGGUGCGCAGGCAGGCGGCAGACCAGGCCUGGUACACCCAGCAGGAGCUGCUGCAGCAGGCUGAGGAACAGCGCAGGACCAUGCUCCAGGAGGAGGAGAGCAAGCUGGCCGAGCAGAGAGCCAGGCUGGCUGCCAUGAAGCGUGAGCUGAAGCUGAAGGAGCUGACCCUGAUUGAUGCGGCCAGGAGACGUUUCCUCAAACACCAGCACGACCAGAAAAGGGUGGAGCUCCGGCGGCUGGAUGACGAGAUUCAGAGAAAGAUGACCCUCAGAGACCAAGAGACUGCGAUCACCAUGCAGGACCUGGAGCUCCGACAGAUGGAGCUAGAAGCACAGAGAGGGCUGUUUGAACAGCAACUGGCCAAAGAGCAGGAGAGAGUGACCCAGGAGGUGAACGCGGAGGUGGAAGUCCGGAGACGCGUGGCUGAUCUGGAGGAUUCGGCCUUUCACCAGGCGCUGGAUGCAGACUCCGUCCACAAUCUGAAGUCCAAACAGCUGCUGGAGGAGUCGCUGGCCGAGGCGGAGCAGAUGGACACGGACACGGACUGGAAAGCGCACGUCUUCUCGCGCCUGGGGUGGGUGGGAGCCGAGCAGGAGAGGCACCACCAGGAGCUGUCCCGCCUCAACAAGGAGGUGCUGGACAAAGAGGAGCAGCUCAUCCUCGCCAUGAAGGAGGUGGAGGGCAAGAAGUGGGAGGACGUGCUGGAGAAGCGGGCGCGGCUGGCAGAAGGGAGGGAGGCCUGCGGGGGCGACGGCCCGUCCUGGGAGCCGGAGGAGACGCGGCAGCACCUGGACAGACUGCGGAGCAGCCAGGAGGAGCCGCCUCGGGGGUCCCGCCAUGAAGGGCACUUGAAGCUGGAUUUGCGGUCUCCCUGUUCGACCAGAGGACUUCUGCAGAAACCAGCCCUUGCUCACUCGCAGUCCAAGAAUGUCUGUCUGAACAGCGAGUCCCCUCCCCCUUCCACUUCCCCGUCCAAUUCUUCUCAUUCAGCUCAGCUGUCCCUGGAUCGCGGCAGGAAGGAGCUGGAGGACAAAGAGCGGGAGUUGAUGCGGGACGUCCGGGAACUGAGACGGAGGCUCGCGGACCGCUCCAGAAACGAAACCUCCCUCACCUGCUCGGCCAGCAUUCAGCCCUCAAUCACAUGUGGGAGCUUAGCAUCAGAGGACACAAUCACUAACACCGUGACCUAGCUUACAGACCUGGACUCUGCACACACUAUCACUGUCCACAAUCAGAGGACACAAUCACUAACACCGUGACCUAGCUUACAGACCUGGACUCUGCGCAAACCAUCACUGUCCACAAUGAGAGGACACAAUCACAAACACUGUGACCUAGCUUACAGACCUGGACUCUGCGCAAACCAUCACUGUCCACAAUGAGAGGACACAAUCACAAACACCGUGACCUAGCUUACAGACCUGGAUUCACUAUCACUGUCCAUAUUUUCUGACUGGAAAACGGUGAUUCAGCAGACAACCAGCACCCAAUAAGUACAGCCAUUGUUAUUCAAUCAUAAUUUGAAUGAAAUUGUAGCAUCAUCAAGAUGUAACUGUUAGCCCAUUCUGGUUUGUUUUUACUGUUGACAUUUUAAUCAGUAACAGUCAUUACUGAAAUUCCUGACGUUCUUAGUAUUCAGUAGUGGAUAUUGCUGGUGGUAGGCACACAGAAGAAAUGCUAGCAAUCAGUAUUUAGGGAGUUUGAAUGUUAAAUGCGAUUGGUUUUAUGUGUCAAUGUAUUGGUGCUUUUCUGUGUCCAUUUUACACUGUACAGAGGAAUGCAUGAAUGCACUUUAAAUACAGUUAAUAUAUUCUC